AUGGCCACGAUCUCUUCCUCACAAUCUCACCCUUCACAGUCCUUUCCUCCGCAGCCCCAUCCUCCACAGUUCCAUCCUCCGCAGUUCCAUCCUCCGCAGUACUAUCUUCCACAGUACUAUCUUCCACAGUACUAUCUUCCACAGUACUAUCUUCCACAGAACAAUCCUCCACAGCCUCAGUUCAUCGACCACCAAUCCGUGGGCACUCGGAGCCAAAUCACUCACGGUGAGCCAAUGGACAACCUUGGCGAGCGGGGACGCAGAGAUAAUCGAACAAGUUCAGCUGACACGCCGCCUCUGAUUGACGAGAACCCUCUAUCUACCUCAGAUGAUGAAGACGGAAGAGUCUUUCGUUAUGAUAUGGACGCAAACUUCUAG